AUGUUUCUUCUAUUCUACCCAUUUCUUGUGGGUCUGCUCGCCGGGCAGAUUCACCACACCACGGCAGUCCGGUCACGAUUGUCAUGGCCUGACGGGACCGAAUCGGAUGUGAUCAGCUGUGAGACGGUUCUGGUCGAAAGUGUCCCGGAAAAUUUGACCUACUCACCUGGUGCUCCACAGCAUCUGUCCACAAUCGACGCGUGGAAUCAGUUGCUAACGCUCGCCAAACAAAAUCUCUACAUGGCCGAAUUUUAUUGGAGUUUGCAGGCGGAGGAGAAGUUCAAUUUCAGCGCAACUAUACCGGUUAAGUUGGGUACCAACUCCUCCAGGGGGAUUGAAGAGAUGCGGUUGAAGACGGGCAAGGAAAUACUCAAAAGGUUGAUUGAAAAAAGUGGUCAAAUCAAGGUCAAAAUUGCACAGAAUGGAGCACCUUCAGAAGAUGGAGAAUUAGCUGCAUUGGAGAAGGCAGGGGCCGAGAUUUUCUGGAUUGAUGUGACCAAACUGUUGGGCAGUGGCAUCAUUCACACGAAAAUGUGGACCGUCGACGAGAACCAUGCUUAUCUGGGGAGUGCCAACACGGACUGGCGUGCUUUAACCGAGGUAAAGGAACUGGGUGUAUUGUUUUCCAACUGCCAGGAGAUCGUAGCUGAUUUAAACAAAAUUAACCAAGCCUAUUGGUUGGUCUCUCAGGGCAUACCGAAAAGGUGGCCGGAUGAACUGACCACAAUUUACAAUGCACAGAAUCCGAUGCGUGUCAAAUUGAACGGGGUCUGUUCUUUGGUCUAUUUUUCGAGUUCACCGACUGCUUUCAAUCCACCCGGCAGAACAUAUGAUUUGGACGCGAUUGUGUCGGUGAUUAACAAGGCGGAGAAAUUUGUCUACAUUUCCGUAAUGAACUAUGUUCCGGAAAUUGUGAAAUAUGAUAGAAAAAAUAAAAAUUUAUAUUGGCCUGUGAUUGACGACGCUUUACGUUCGGCCGCGAUCGAUCGUGGGGUGGAAGUCAGAUUAAUGGUGAGCCUGUGGCCAUCUACACCCAAAACAAUGUCACGAUAUCUUCAGUCGCUGAGAUGGCUGAACGGAAUUCAAGGAGCACGAAUUCGAGUGCCCACAUUCGCGUUGAUCAGUGGUGAACCUUCUACGGCCGAUUCAGCGUUUAAACCCUGA